AUGGCGGACAGCGUGCAACCUCAUGGGCAAACGAAGAAUGUCCCACCGAGUCCUGCAGGGACCAUCAAGUGGAAGUACUGGCUGGCAGCCCGCAAACCAACAACCUACCCUAAGCUACAAGAAACACCGACAAACAGCUGUAUGUCGGAAGACAAAGAGCGGGAAUCGAGGGAAUUCUCCCCGGACGCCAGUGGUACACAUACCAUGCAACCUUAUCGCACAAGCACUCACAGACUGCGGCCGCCCAGAAGCUUCAACCUCGAACGUCUGCUCCAGUCGCGGCGGACCCGAAAGCACAGGAGGAAGCGCCAUACUGAGUUCCAUGCCAGCCCCUAUGCGGCCUUCAAAGAAAGCACUCAACCCACGAGCCGCAGAAGCAGACCCCCAGGAGUGCCCACGGCUACGAGAGAAGCCUGA